CCCCGCCCCCGCCUCCGCCUCCCCCGUAACGGGCCCUUUUGACUGGGCGGCUGCCACCGCUGCCGCCACCGCUGCUCCCCCCUGCCCCGCUGUGGGUCUGCCGCACACCCUGACCCGCCUCAACCUCACCUACACCAAGGUCACGGACGAGGGCCUGGCUCCCCUGUCCGCCCUCACCGCUCUGCAACACCUCAGCCUGGACUCGGGCAGCCUGGGUGACGCCGCGCUGCGCCCCGUGGCCGCCCUGCCGCACCUCACCAGCCUGGACCUGUUCGGGUGCCGGGUGGGGGAGGGCGGCGCUGCACUGCUGGCGGGGAGUGCCGCGCUGAGGGGCGGGCUGAGGAGCCUGGAGUGCUGCGGAGGGGGCGUCACGGACGCCGCCGCCGCCCACCUGGCCCGCCUGGCCGCGCUCACGUGCCUCAACCUCUCGCAGAACCCCAGGCUGGGGGACGCGGGGGUGGGCUGUCUGGCGGCGCAUCUCAGCGAGCUGCAGCUGCUGUCGCUCAACCACACCUGCGUCAGCGCCGCCUGCCUGCCCGCCCUGGCCGCCCUGCCGCGGCUGCGCUGCCUGGCGCUGCGGGGCACGCGGGUGGGGGAG